AUGUCUGGGGGCUCAGAGAGUGAUGACUGUGUAACAGCUAAUGGGACGGUUUACAUUCCUGAAGUAAGAAAUGAGGAAACACCAGCAGUUGGGAUGAAGUUCGACUCGCUUGACCUCGUUUAUAAUUUGUAUAAUAGAUAUGCAUUUUUGGCUGGCUUUGGUAUUCGACUUCAUUUCAGCUUUUGGGGGAAAAAUAAGAAAGAGAUUAUGAGGAAAGAAUUUGUAUGUUGCAAACAAGGUGCAUACAGGAAAGAUGAAACUCGGGAGAGAAAAAGACAGUGGGGAAUAAGUAGAUGCAAUUGCAAAGAUAGGAUUGUGGUUGUGAAGACAAAUGGGAGCAAGAAGUAUACCAUCUCUCUUUUUGCAGAGGGACACAAUCAUAAGAUGACACCCUCAGAAAGAGUGCAUUUAUUGAGAUCACACAUUCGUAUUUCAGAUUCUACAAAAGUACUCACAAAACAGUUGGGUUCGGUUAAUAUCCCCAUUCAUCAUAAGGAUAUUUACAAUCUUGAAUGUAGUGUGAAUGGGAAGUUGAGGAGCCACGAUGCUGAACUAAUAGAGGGAGAUGGCGAUGAUAGGUUUAGUCGAUGUUUUUGGGCAGAUGCAACUUCUAAACGAGCGUACGGGUUUUAUGGAGAUGUUGUUGUAUUCGAUACCACAUUCAACACGAAUCGGUAUGACUUGACAUUUGCACCAAUGUUGGGAGUUAAUAACCAUGGUCAGACAAUUGUCUUAGCAUGCGCAUUUUUGAGCAAGGAAAUGACUGAGUCGUUUAUUUGGAUGUUUGAGGAGUUUAAGAAAACAAUGCCAGGUGGCGAACCUACAAUGAUCAUUAUAGAUCAAGAUGCGGCAAUGACCAGAGCAAUUUCAAUAGCCUUCCCGACUACAUGUCAUCGACUUUGCAUAUGGCACAUCAUAUCAAAGUUCUCUGUUAAGUUACCACAUUCUACUUAUAAGGAGUAUUGA